AUGAUCUGGAUGCCGUUCUGGAAUGCGUUUAUGUCUCACUACGGAGAGCCGAACAAGAAAGGGAACCCUCCUCUAUUAUGGCCAGGGAGGGGAGCAGUGGCAGCGGACAACAAAUGGUCAGAGGCAAGCUUGACAUCGACUAAACCGGAACCAUCGAAGGAGCGUAGACCGCUCAGUCACCGAGAUUACAACUUAACUUUUGCUGUCUGGACAGCCCAGAUGAUGUACGCUGUGCAAACUCCAGAUUUGAGGGUGGUAUCUUGUGUGCCUCCUAAGAACGGGUGCACUUAUCACAGGAGUCUCCUUCGCAGAAUAUCUGGAAAUGAAGAUUUUGACCGCGUUUAUGCCAUACAUAACUUGACUUGGAGGCUGGAGAUGGCGCUUAGUACUCUCCGGGAGGAGCAAAUAGAGGACAUUUUGGAAAAUGACGAGGUGCCAAAAUAUAUUCUUACUCGAAACCCUAUCACGAGAACACUUUCAGGGUACUUGAAUAUGGUUCACAACAGACUUCCUAUUGAGAAGCGAACCGUGACACAUUUUGAGGACUGGAUCCGACAGGAGUUCUCGGACGGACGACUAACGCAAGAGGGCCGCAUCGAGAUGAAUCCGCAUUGGAUGCCGCAGUCGAAGCUGUGCGGUGUGGAAUAUGGCAUCCACAAAUACUUCCGAUUGUUGAAGUUCGAGGAACCAGUUUCAGUUAUCACUUUUAUAUACGAUCAUGUGCCGCGGAAAUUCUUAGAUGAUGGAUGGGGACGUAAAGACAAGGUGAACGUUUCGUUCAGCAACUAUAUGCUCGGCCCGAGAAAUCGGACGGAGGGUACAUCAGAAAAGCUGCUGACGUACUUCAGAUCGCUGGACACCUUCGAUCAUUUGGCUGGGCAAUUAAGCUUAGAUAUUGAUGAGCUCGGAUAUCGAAAAGAGGUCACGGAAAUGAGGAAUCUAUUGGUAAACAGGGACAAGAAUUCUCAAGGAAGAGGGCUUGUUGGCUAGUAGCCUAUUUUCGUAUACUAAUUCUUCGUUAUGGGCGGAUAAAGGAAGCACAUGAUCGGAAGGGAACAAUUGCCAGGACGAAAAGAUGAAUGUAGUGCGAUGUAGUGCGAUGUAGUGCGAUGUUGGCUCAGUUCAUUAUUCUCGUCAAUGAAGGUACGCAGAAGGAGACAGCACUAAGGCUGUGCGGUCCCGUUGAGAAACCCUUCUCUGCACAGUAGAGUCCCUUCGUACAGUACAGCUCUACUGAGACCUCCUCGUACAGUAUGUGACAUUAGGGAAUCCCUAUUGCGUGCUGUGGGAGGUCUCUGUACAGGACCAAGGGUACUCCCUAAUAGAGGGUACAGUAGAGGUGUAGCAGCGAAGUCUCGCGGAGCAGUGCAAGUGAGCCUGUUUUUGUAUCUUCAAGUUCGUAUUGCGACCCAAAAUCCUGCUUUGGAGAGCUACAUGCAGUAGUGCACCAUGAGAUCAAGGAAAAUGAAACCCGCUAGACAAUGCUAAUUGAAAAAUGGUCACAUGGCAAGCCUUCGAGGU